UAAAAGAUCCACAGAUAUGUUGGCUUCAACUAUGGCCUCUGGCACAUAUCUAAAUGAUGGAUGAUUCAGUCAUCUUGAACCCUGCCAAUGGUCGUUUUUCCAUGGUGAUGAACCUUUCUUUUUUGGUUGGAUGGAGUAAGGUGGGCUGCUCAAGGCUGAGAUGCGAAAGUACAAAAGAAUAAACCUGUGUCUGAUCAUCGUUUUCUAGGACUACUUUUGGGGCCAGUUCAAAGGAGUGAAUCUCUGGAUUAUACUGACCAUUGAAUUGACUAGGUUACAAAAAGAAAAUUGCGUAAUUCAAUAGCGGUCUUCUAUUGUGGUGGAGCCAGAGAAAUAACGUGUCGCACCUGUUACUAUUAGGCUGGUGGAGUACGUUAGUUAGGUCGGAUGAAAGGUCUGUCAGGCAUACAGGGCUCUCUUUCUUUUGUGUGUGCCUUAUGCUUUUGGUGACUUGGUCGUUGCCCCUGAACCUUCUUAUAUUAUCUUCUCUUCUCAUUUGCUUUCGUCCCAAUACAAGACUAGAUUUGGGUUCUGAAACUGAGCAAUAAAUAAUAUGGAUUGGAGUUCUCUGGAGCUCAAAGUAAUUUCCUGCAAAGAUCUCAAGGCCUUCAAUUUCUUCCAGAAACUCUCAGUCUACUCAGUCGUCUCUAUUGUGAAUGAACAAGCAAAGAAGAAAGAAGAGCAACACAAACGUCUGCAGCGUCAGAAAACAUCUAUCGACAGAGGAGGCAAGAACCCUGAAUGGAAUCAUGUAUUUCAGUUCGAUCUCAAGAGCUUGCCUUCAGAAGAAACUGAUCGUCUUUUUCUCAAGUUUGAUUUGCGUCAUGAAGGUUUAGUUGGCAGAACCAUCGGCGAAGUACGUGUUCCGUUAAAGGAUUUGAUAGAAGAAUUCUGUGGAGUUGUGAGAUUUGUGAGUUACCAGGUUCGAAACAGUGAUGGGAAGCCUAACGGGGUACUGAAUUUUUCCUAUAAGUUGAUUGGGGGAAGCAAAAACAGUGGCAAUGCUUCUCCACAAGUUGACUCGUCAUCUGAGAAGCAAUUUUCCUCUGAAAAAGUGGUUUACCCCAAGGUGGAACUAGAUAAUCAGUCGAGAUAUGUUCAUUAUCCUUCCGUAGAUGAUGCUUGCAAUCCUCAACGCCAGAUUAGUUUCCCUUCUCCAGUAUUGGAAUGUCAAACACCGGGGUAUUACAGUUGGAAUUCAGCAAUUCAGUUGCCAAUGCAGGUUCCCCUGCCGCGGUUUGUACCCGGAACAUACCUUCAAUAUUCAAGAUCAUCACCAGUGGCGCAGCCUUCUGAGACACAUUGGUACAGAGUGGAGUCAACGUGCUACAGUAGCGGCCUGCAGAGGUUCAAUGGGCUAGGGUAAUCAGCAACGGAUUGUUUGGCAGCGAUGCCUGAAAGGUUGAGCCAGGCAUGGAAGAUCCAGCUCCCUGCCCUCAGCUUCCUAGACUACAAGGGUGGCAGGUGGCAGGGCAAGUGAGCUACCGGUACAGGGUAGUGUAGUUACAGUGUCUGGGGAAGCACCAUGUUGAAAGUUGAACAUUCCAUCAGUUUGAUGGCUUCAGCUCCUUUUUGUUUAAUGGUUUCUUGGGACAAUAUUUGUCUUGUUUUUCUCUUCCACAAAAUUUAGAUGUUAUUAUUAAUAUUGUGUCAGGAAAGAAUUAGCUGGGACCUAUUCUCAGCGCUUUGUAAUAUAGCGCCUAGGCUAGCCACUUGUGGUUGUGGGUUAAUGCUCUUGUUUUCAGAUAGCAGACAGAACUAAUGUUGUAGCUGAAGAUGCAAUUGAAAUUGCGAAUGAAUGAAUGGAUGAAUUACAGUAUCAAGCAAGAAAUUGGAAGAGAGGGUCUAGAAAGUUUGUGGAAAGACUUGAGUUGUCCAGGUCAAGUCAAUUCCAAGUUUUGAACGCAAUGUACAAGUGGCGCUAGAAAGCCAUGAUCGCGUUGGCUGGAGGUGAGUGGAGGUUGGUAUCACGACACCUCUUUUGGGUCCCAUUGAUUUCUUUGUUUUCAAACAUUCACAAAGGAACGUCAAGGACUAGAAUUUUUGUAAACCAUGGCACCGGACAAUUGAGUGGUCAAUCUGCACAAGUUUGAAAUUAGGGGAGGGGCCAACGAACCAAAGCAGUGGUGGUUGAGGAAUCAAAUGGCAUUAAAAUGGGUUUAUUUUCCGAAUAUCUU